GGCCAUGGCGUGCGGCGCGACCUUAAAGCGGACUCUAGAUUUCGACCCUUUGCUGAGCCCGGCCUCGCCGAAACGACGGCGCUGCACUCCAUUGUCCGCCUCGGCGGCGGCCGCCGCCUCUUCCUCCUCAGCCUCCUUUGCCUCGUCCCCGCAGAAAUACCUGCGCAUGGAGCCUUCGCCCUUCGGGGAAGUGUCCACUCGCCUCACCACAGAGCAAAUUCUGUACAAUAUAAAACAGGAAUACAAACGCAUGCAGAAGAGAAGACAUCUAGAAAACUUUCACCAAACAGAUCCUUGUUGUUCUACUGAUGCACAGUCACAAGCAUUUCUCCUUUCUGGACCAGCUUUGCCAGGUACUUCAUCUGCAGCGUCACCACCACUGAAAAAAGAACAGCCCCUCUUUACUCUUAGACAAGUUGGAAUGAUCUGUGAACGCUUGCUCAAAGAACGUGAAGAGAAAAUCCGUGAAGAGUAUGAAGAAAUCUUGACCACAAAACUUGCAGAACAGUAUGACGCAUUUGUGAAGUUUACGCAUGAUCAAAUCAUGCGACGAUAUGGAGAACAGCCUGCAAGUUAUGUUUCAUGAAUCAUGUUUUCUGCAUAUGUGGGCAGCCCUGAAACCCUGUUCUAUUGUUGCAAGCUGUCCUUUAAAGACUUGCAACAAUGCCAUAUUCCCUCUCUCUCCCCCCCCCCCUCUGUAUACACUGGUUAUUUCAAGCUUUUGUCAGUGGCAACCACUCUUAUGCAGCAACUGGUUUUGGAGUGCUCCCUGAUGUCAGUACCACCUGGAUGUGGACCUUUGCUACCUGUUAAUACCAGUGGUCUCAUUUGCUGUAUCAUUACAAUUUGGCUUCUGUUAAUAAGUUUGAAAAGUAAAAGGAUUAAAGCUGGUGUAUUAGAGCUCUGCCCUUAACUGGUUGUGUAAAUAAAAGUGUAGAAUGAC